UUUUCUUUCUUGGAGCUCGGUCUGUUCCCGUGAGCAUUCCGAGCAAAAGACAUCCUUAGGAAUUUUGUCCAAUCUUCCAGUGAAGCAUUGAGUAUUCAGGAAUGGCUUUGCAACCUACUUUUCCCAAUAGAGGACCAGCUCUUGAGAGCCUGCGUUUACUCUCAAAGCUUCCCCGGUAUCUAGUCCAUCAAAAAUCCAAUCUUCUAGACUUCAGAUCCUAUUAUUUUCCUUUUCAUAUCCUUUUUGUUCAAGGAAGCUGCGAGCUGGUUAUCCAUGCCUACCUCUUCGUUCCAGCGGUUCAGAAUGGGAAAAUCGAUCGGUGCAGCCAUCCUCGGACACAACCUCGAAGUCCAACGAAUCCUUCCCAAUCAGAACCCACAUCAGAGUUCUCACAGAGUCGAACAAUAAAUAUGGGGGGCGAGACCCGAACAUUGGCUCUCUUCCUCGGACUGGCUCCUGAGCUUCGACGGCGGGUCUGGAGGUUCUCUUUACCCAAUACUCGUCUCCUAUUCCUCGAAGCCGACCCCAUGCGUAGCAUACCACACAAUGGCAGAUGGUACAACUGUCUGCGUCUUGCCAACAACCUUGAACUACUUCCGAUGAUUUGUGCCUGCCGGGAAUCACUAUCGAUUGUACGCGAAACCGUCCCUCUACUUCACAUCUGGAACUCCAUCACCCAUCACGCAUUCUUUUUCAGCCUGACUAUCGACAUGAUAUUUCUUGAUGCGAGUAACGCAAGCAUCAGUGAACUGGUUUUGUUCGGCAGCGGAUUUGCACGGGCUCUCGGCCACAGAGAAGUUUCCUGGGUGCUUUCUCUUGGAAACGGGAUCCCGGCCCAAUCCGAAAUUACUCUCGGGAAUUUCGCCCACUUCUUUCAGAAUAUUCGGAGGGAGUUGGCCAUAUGCGCCUCUGCAAGACACCACCGUUGGCGUCCCUGAUAUGUUUCUCUUUUCAGAGUCGUUCUUAACAGCUGUGCAACAACGAACAUC